GUCUAUUUGUUUACAAAUUGAGGAAGUUCAACGAAUGACUUGUUAGAUUCUUAAAAUAUGGGGAUCAUUUUGUUAUAAGCAAUAAAGUCUAAUGAUCACUUUGCUGAUCAAUCAAAUAUUGCGUUUAAAUCGUUUUAACCAGGACCGGGUGAAACAAAGCGGUUAUUUCGAUGACCACGGUGAAAAAGAAAAACAAACGAAUCCACCACUCCACUCAGCGCCACAAAUUCUUCCCUUUCUUUUUAUCCUCCAUGGCUUCCCUCCUCGCUUCCUCUUGCUCCUCUCCCCUCCCUUCUUCUCCUUCUCCGCCAACAACGUCUACUUGUACAUGCAGCAAUCUUCUCCUUCGAGCACGGUUGCCAUUCUCGAAACCGAAACUCCCUUCUCCACCUCCCUGCUGUUCUCCAAGCAAGCGAAACCUCCUUCCCAACUCAACGGCCAAUCUCAUCGUCGUCCCGGCGCUUUUCCUCUUCCCCGGAUCAUCACCUCCCAAUACCCAGACAGUUUUAAUCACUGCUAGCGUAGUGGCCGCCAUUGCUCUCUCCCUCUUCCUCGGCCUCAAAGGAGAUCCAGUUCCGUGCAGCAAGUGUGCUGGAAAUGGGGGCACGAAAUGUGUGUUCUGCGAGAACGGCAAGAUGAAGCAAGAAACCGGCUUGAUGGACUGCAGAGUAUGCAAGGGUGCAGGUAUCAUCAUCAUCAUCAUCCUAUGUGAUACCUUUUGCUGUUAAUUCCUCAUUAAGGAACUAUUAUGUUUAACUAAGAUUGUGUCUACUAGUUACUCUAGAUCAUUUCUGAAUGUGCCAUCUGUACCUUGUGGGGUUUCCACUGCCUCUUCUAUCAAUCUUGCCUCCUACAUUCUUUAGAGGGGAAAAUUUCACUGCAAAAUGCGACAAGCUAGUGUAUCCACGAAAUCGACAUGAAUUCCAUUGCAGCAGUGAACAUUGAUCUCUGCUUAUCUAGCACCCUCAUCAACUCAGUGCUUGAGCUCUUUAAACCUGAAUGUUCGUUCUUCACAUAUUCGUAUUGUAAUCAGAUAUGGGUACUAUGUGCAGGGUUGAUACUGUGCAAGAAGUGCAGAGGUUCUGGGUAUUCUAGACGGCUAUGAUCUUGUUUUUGUCUGGGCAUUUAGUUACAUAUACCUUCUAUCAGCCUAUUUUUGGUUCAUUUUCUUCUUUCUCCAUCCAUCUUAUAUUAUGUGUAAAUGCUUUGCUAUUUUUCUCCUCUGUUGUGCAACUUCUUGAGUAAUGUUGAGUACAGAAAUGUAAAUAUUGCUGUCUUAAAAACAGCCCUACAACUUAUAAUGAUUCAUCCAAGUUUUGGCCUAUUCUUCCAGAUGAUGUGUUUUUUUUGGUUGGGGUAUCAUGGCCUCAUUGGCGUCUCUCCUUUCUCCAGCUUAAGAUUUCCCAUAUAAUAGUUUCUCGGGACGACUUAUCAUGUUGGGUGAAUUGUUGGUAAUGAGGGCAGGCUGAAAUUAAAGCAACCACUUCCAUUCGGUGGUAGAAAGAUGUAAGCAAUAAGGUGUAUUAAUUCGUAUUAUCAGUGACAGCUCAAGUUAAGAGCCAAAAGAGACAAAUCAUAGCUUAUAUAAAGACUCUCAAGCCUUUGAAGGGGAGGACCCUUCUUUAUUCUUCUAGUGCUAUGUAUAAAUUAUCUCUCUCCAAACUCUCUCUUACGAAUAGGAAUUUUCUCGGGUGGUUUGGAUGAUGGAAUUCGAUGAGACAAAUUUAUCCCAGUUGCAUUAAAACAAAACAGUCAAGUCAAAUUGUUUCGUUUGGUAACAUAUAAUAAGGAUGUAAUAAUUUG